GUUCUAUGUGUACCUGGGAUCUCUCGCCAUGUGUCCCUGUGGUGCGUCCGCACUGAUUCUACGGUGUAUCCAGACCUUUCUUCGUCAUCCGCCGAGAAGCCAUGGCUGACGCGCCGUCGUCUCUCGUAUUGAAACCCUGCAGGCCUUGACUUUCUGUUGUCGGGAGGGGGGAGGGUUGUUUGCUUUGCUGCAUGCUAAGGCUCUCUCCCCUCUCUGGUUUCUAGGGUGAUGGGUGGAUGGCAAGGGAGGACGAUCAUCAAUGAUGACACCCUGCAGGACGACGAUGGGCCUCCAUUUCUUGGACGGCGCGGGCUGCAGACGACGAUGGCGAAUCGCGACCAAGCAACGACCCAUCCACCGUCAGAAAUCCGUGAGAACGGGACCCAGAGCUGUCAGUUGACUUACGCUACACUGACUGGCUGACUAAACGGGCUGAUGCUGAAAGCUAACGUAAAACAAGCCAACACGCAUCCCGUAUGGCGCCGUGGCAACCCGAACACCAUCGGCUGAGCCGCCUGGCCCUUUCUGACUGCCGCCUCCGCAAGCUGCGACACGCACCAAGCCAACCGACAGGCGUUGCCCGGUCAUGGAAUACUUGUUGUCUCUCGUACGAGAGGGGAGCCCUACGGAUAGAACAUGCCCUCUCACCAUCCAUUCCGAGUGCUUGCUCACACCGGUCGAAGAUGAGUACCAAGGUACCCAAUUACCCUUGCGCAAACGAUAGAGUCGUCCGUGGCUGUCGGUGGAUACAAUGGCGUAAGGCUUUUUGCCGCCGAAACCGUUACAAUAUUCCGCAGCAGGCUUACGGAAAAAAAGGCGGUGCCAUCCAUAGCCGUUGCCUGUACGAAUACACAGGUGUCUCUCGCAGAGUUGCCUCGCCUCUUGGCUGUACUGGGCAUAGCCACGAUGGCUUGCGUGUGUCAAUAUGCCGGAGCCGGUGCGGGUAAUCGCUUUUCGACCACGAGCUGCGGUCGAGAGGGAGGGAGGGGGCGGUUUGUUUCUUGGUUUUUUUUUUUUCCCUUCCU